AAGCAAUUUUAUAUCUUAGGAAAUAUGUUAAAUUAGGAAAUAAAUCUUAGUAUGUAAAACUUAUUUUAUUGAACUAAAAGAGUAAAGAUCAUAAUUUAUGACAAAUUAAGUUUACAAGGUUUAGAAAAUGAACUGAUACUGGAAUUUCAAAUAUUUACACAACAUACAAUAUGACAGGAGGGCCAUUUCGUGAUUCCAACACAUUGCUAAUCCCACACCAUUCACAAUUUAGUCAUUUGUUACAUAAUUUCAUAAUUUUCAUAAUUUUCAUAAUUUUCAUAAUUUUUAUAAUCUUGUAAAAUUUGUAAAAUUUGUAAAAUUCUUAAAAUUUCUAAAUUUGUAAAGUAUUUCCCCCUAUUCUCCGAUUCUUUGUAAAAUAAUUAUUUAAUUCAAAUGUUAUACUGUGUGAUUAUUAAAAUUAUUUCUAUAAAUGUAAAAAUUUAAGUUAAUUUUAAAAUGGCGAUUCGUCCUUUGAGGUUUGAAUUACUGAAGAUUCCGCAAAACGUUGAGUUUUACGUUUUCGGCCACGUUAAAGUUCACAACUCGCAGGUGUUUGCGAAAACUCACUCAAGCUACGCCUUCACAAAUAUUAAACCCUUUGCUCCCGGACACUCACUAGUCUCUCCCCUCAGAGUCGUUCCAAGAUAUAAGGAUUUAACGCCGGAGGAGAUGUUUGAUUGGUCGUGUUUGGUCCAGGUGGUUGCGGAAUCCCUUGAGAAAAUGUACGACUCAACUUCUUGCUCAAUUAUAAUACAAGACGGGCCUGAGGCUGGGCAGACAAUUCCACACCUUCACGCGCAUGUUAUUCCCAGAAAAAAAGACGAUAUUAAAGACCCAGACUCUAUUUAUCAAAAGGUUGAUAAUAAUGAAGGGAAAAUCAAGACGGCUGAGGAGAUGGCGCGAUUGGCUGAUGAGACUAGGAAGUUUGUGGAUUUGGUAAUGGCUUCUAAAUCCGUAGGAUGUCUAAAAUAA